UGUCUGACCCAAGGGAUGCUGUGUGUUUGUGUGUGCGCAAGUGAGUGUGUGUGUGAGUGAGUUCGGCUCUCCCCAACCUGAUAUCCUCAGAAAAACCUGGGGCCACUGCAAGAGGUCUAAACGUGACUGCUCUGGCUUGUCAGCUGCGUUUUCCUCUGUUUUCCUCAUACUCAUCUGACCACUUCAUGGAACUAUGUCUGAAUGCGAGUUUUGGCACAAUGGCCAGAUGCGUGUAGGCCCUGAAAUGGAAGAUUAUAAGCAGCUGUUCCAAAGCAUCAGCGCUCUGCAGCCUGCCAGGCUUGGUUACAUUGAACUGCUUCAAGAGGAAGUGAAGAGAACCCAGGAUAGACCUCUUGAGAGGCUUAAAGCUGAGGAAGAAACCGAGGCUGUUUCCCAGUCUCCUUCAGCCCAUUCAUUCCACAGCAAUGCCAACGUACUUAUGGUGCCCUACUCCAUCCCUCGUACACUAGCCGUCUCUCCCAGUCUGGGUGGACACCCAGUUUCACCUGAACUUGCCAUGAGUCUGAGAAAGAUUUUGUUUGGAAACACAUUUCACAUCUUCAAUUAUGAGUGGAAGAAAUCCUUCUUUAAGUUCAGGGAGCCAUAUUCGAACCUGUCCUAUGCUUUGGAGGCAGAAAGAGGAGGAGCCCGAGCCAUUCAGAUGGCAGUCCAGGCCCAUGUUAUCAAAUACCUGCUUUUCUCACAGCCACGGAGCUCAGAGUGCUGUGGAAUAGAGAGUCUGUUGGAGGUUGGGGAGAAAGAGCAGGAAAGGGCUUUGGCUGCUGCUUUGGCUGAUAUUUUAUGGACAGCUGGUGAGGAGCGUACUGCCACCGUCUCCUUGGUUACGCCAGAUAGCUGCUUCACCCCCCACCUGGACUACAAACUGGACAACUUCACAGAGCGGUUGCAGCUUUUCACCUUUAAUGAGAAAGAAGAUGUGACAAAAUUCAUAUAUGAACAUAUUCAGUGUUUCAAGGAGGAGGGAAGCCAUGGAGUCAUUCUCUUUCUUUAUAGCCUGAUCUUCUCAAGAUCAAUUAUUAGGUUGCAAGAAGAUCUGGAUUUCAGCACGACUCAUCUCUUACAAUUUGGCUUGGGCAACUUUCUUUGUCGCCAGGCUCUUUUAAACCUGUUGUUGACCGGUCGUGCCAGUCCUAAUGUCUUCAAUGGGAAAUUGUUGUGUGAUGAGCAUGGCAACGCACUGGACCAACCUCUCCAUGGAGUUCUGACUCGGAGCAAUGUGGGAUACUUACACUGGAGCCGAGAGCAAGCAGAACACGCCAGUCUGCCUGCUGUGGGAAGCAUGCUGAAGACACCCAAACUUCCUGUUUGGGUCUGCAACAUCAAUGGCACCUAUAGUGUUUUGUUUAGUCCAAACCGAUCUCUACUGUCUGACUGGAAGAUGGAGCACCUCUUCCACCUCUACUUCUAUAAUGGCCAACCAACCCAAGUCAAUACUGCAAUGCUCACCAUAGACACACAUUCCCAUCACUGGGAGGCUGAAAGAAGAGAUGGUCAAGGAGACCCUGAGAAGAGAUUCCCCUCUGUGGAGAUGACCAUUAGGACUAAAUGGGAGGGAGCAGCAAUCGACUGGAAUAGGACAGUACCUUUCUUCUGAGAAGAUUUAGCUUGCCAUUGAUCUCAAUUUAGGUUUUAAAUACAAUGCAAAUAAUGACACAGAACACAUGCUAUGACAUGCAUAUUAAAAUCACAAAAAAUUUUUUAUUAUAAUGUUCCCUGAUCAUGUUUAAAUUGUAUAUAAACUCCAAGGUCCCCUGAACUUUCUGUUUAUGUUCAGCAGUUUAGAAGCGUUGCAUUUCUGCCAAAUUUGAUCCUUUCAUAAUGAUUUAAUUUGAAUAUGAUAAAGGUUUUGUUAACAUUUGGACUAUACCCUUCAUCAUAUGCUCAGAAAGAAAAGUGAUCAUAUCAUGAUCAUUUGGAAAUGUUUGAAUCCUAUCGAGCAAACGGUUUUCUUAAUUUGUAACUAUUCAGAGAAUGUUGAGAUAGGAGGUCUUAACAUAAAUGUUGAUGUUCAAGAUAUAACAUCGCUGCCCCUUCCCAAGACCCAACACAUUAAUUCUAAUCUUACCGCAAACACUAAUUGCCCGAAAGUCUUUUUAGACUUUAAAUGUGAAAGUGCACUUACGUGCAAUAAAGUAAGGGGGGAACUCUGCAAUAAUACAGAGAGAAUUUGCUUGUAUUUAACAAUGACAAAUAGAUCAUAUUAAAUCAGCAGACCAAUAGCUUUGGCCAAGCAAUUUGGUAAUAUGUUAUAGAUUGUUCAUUCAUUCGUUUUCAAUAGCUGGAAGCUUGCGCGCGCGCACACACACAUUCACACCUAUGGGCAUUUUGGCAUAGCCAAUCGGCAUUUUUCGGUCACUGGAAGGAAACCAGAGGACACCCACACAAUCACCGGGAGAUCAUGCGCAGAAACUCCACACAGACAGAAAUACCAGGAUCAGACUAUGUGAAUUCAGCCAGAUUUAAACACAGCCAAUAAAUUUCCAGUGUAUUCCAAUAUAAACAUUGGGAACAACGAAAGAGCCUUGGCGCGAUCUGGCGCCUGGGACACCUCACUACACCCUGACAAAAAGUCUAGCACGUCAGAAUUUUUUUGUAUAUUCUCGUCUAGUUUGACAACUCCUUGACGGUCCUUUUGUAGCCAUGAUUGAGAAUUUCUUGACCCUCCUCCCCAACGACACGCAAGGACAUUAACGACAAUUAGCCGGGGUCAAAUCUGUACUGUUGCCAGUCUCCCGACCAAGAAACAGCAUGGUGACUACUGUGAAAGACGAAAACAUCAUGUCUAAUCCCUGUACCGCGAGUUGGCCUUGUGGUUAGCGUAUCCACCUCUUGAUCGGGAGAUCAUGAGUUCUACUCGUGGUCGGGUCAUGCCAAAGACCAUCAUAAAAAUGGUACCUACUGCCAUCUGGCAAGGCAUGCUGCAAUCCAGAUGUGAGUGGGGAGUCAAACUCAUGUGGUUACCAGAGGACCAGCCCCCCACUGUAACCCUAGCUAUUUAAUAGGCGAGAGGUGUAGGGCUACAGAAACGGAGAUCGGCGCCAUAUGGUGCGAGGACUUUAGACUUUUAGAUCCCGGUAUAACCUGAGUUCAGGAUGGAACCGGGGACCCUGGAGCUAUGAGGUGCCAACUCUACCUGUUGCACCACUAUAUUGCCUGGCUUAGACGUUAGAUUCUGUUCAUUAAACAUCAAAAUAUGAAUAAUAAAUAUCUUAAAACCA